AUGGCCAUUGUUUGCAUCCUGGACAACAUUGGGGUGCAGCCUCCUAAAAUCGCAAAUCUCGCACAGGUUCUCCAAGACAAAAGCCUGAAUUUUAACAGGAUAGACACGUCCCUCUCCUUGGAAGACAACCUCUGCCUUCCCCAGCUUUUGGUGACCACUGUCUCCAUCCUCCCACACAUGCUCAAAUCCCUCCUCAGCAUGGCUCCUAGGUGUGAUGAGAAGCUGCGAGUAAGACAAGAGGUGCAGAAAGGCUUCCUGCUCUGCUUCCAGUUCAUCCCGGAGUCGGCACGGUACAACGUGUCCACGGGAAACACGGGGGCUGCGCUGGCCACGCUGCAGAGGAUAGCCAGGAUGAAUGGGGCGGCCAUGCCAGAGGGGCAGCUGAGGGAGCCUGCCAAGGAAAGAAGGGGAAGAUUCAAGGACCUCAUCCACCCCAAAUACCUCAGAACCACUUUGCAGAUAUGGAUCAUAUGGCUUGGCAUAGCUUUCGCUUAUUACGGCGUCAUCUUGGCCAGUGCCGAGUUGCUGGAGCGGGACCUUGUCUGUGGCUCUGCAGCCCCACCGCUGCAGGACUCCAGUGAUGACUCUGAGGAGAGCCACAGCCCCUGCCACUGCCGCCUGUUUGGGCCCGCUGCUUACCAGAGCAUGAUCAUCAGCACAGCCGGGGAGAUCACACUAAAUCCUGUGAACAUUCUCAGCAUCAAUUUCCUUGGACGACGUCUAAGCCUGUGUAUCACCAUGGGAUGUACAGCUCUAUUCUUUCUUCUCCUUAAUAUCUGCACCUCAAGUGCAGGCAUGGUUGGCUUUCUCUUCAUGCUGCGUGCCUUGGUUUCAGCCAACUUCAACACCAUCUACAUUUACACAGCAGAGGUUUAUCCCACCACAAUGAGAGCGCUGGGGAUGGGGACAAGUGGGGCAGUAUGCCGUGUAGGAGCAAUGGUGGCUCCAUUUAUAUCACAAGUUCUGAUGAGCGCUUCCUUCUUGGGAGCCCUGUGUCUCUUCUCCUCCGUGUGCAUCAUCUGUGCCAUCUCUGCAGUCACACUGCCCAUCGAGACCAAGGGCAGGGCCCUGCAGCAAGUGAAAUGA